UUUUCUUAUUUGACAAGAUGCAUUCAUAAGAAUAUUAAAUAUCCAUUCAUGAAGUUACUUUUUCUCAAUAAAAAACAUUGAAUAUCGAAUUUUUUUAGUUGAAAACAUAAUUUGGUAUUUAAAGAAAUGUUAUUUUUUUUGUAUCUUUAGAUAACUGAGGAAACUACUCAACAACAUCGUUUUCUUGUUCGUUCUCUUGGCUGGACAACGAUUGAUGAAGAAGAUUUAACAACUGAACGAAGUAGUCGUGCUGUAAAUCGUUGUAUUUAUGAAUUAACACGUGGUAUUAAUGAUGGUAUUGGUCGUUGGGGUGAAGGAAAAGAUCUUUAUAUGGAUAUUAAUAAUACAGAUUUACUUUUAAUUGAUCCAACUGAAAUGACGAUUCUACAUAAACAAUCAAUACCAUCAAUUCGAGUUUGGGGUGUUGGAAGAGAAAAUUCAAGAGAUUUUGCUUAUGUUGCUAAAGAUAAAGAUCGUUCAACACGAAUUUAUAAAUGUCAUGUUUUUCGAUGUGAUAAUACAUCGGCUCGAACAAUAGCUAAUACAUUACGUGAUAUAUGUCGAAAUUUAAUGAUUGAACGUGGAUUAUUAAGUAAAACAACUGAAAUUUUAAGUGAUGAUUUAUCUCAACAUAAACGAUCAAAAUCUUUUCCGGAAUCGAUUACAAAUGAUAUGCCAAUUUCAUUUCCAACACCAAUGCAAGAAACAACAAAUAAUCUAUCAUGCACUUAUUUGGGUUGUGUUUUUGUUGAAAAACCAGGUGGAAUGGAUAUAUUACGACCAGCUGUUGAAAAAGUUUCAAAAACAGUUCCUGAAGAUAAAUGGCUUUCAGUUAUUGUUAAUAUAUCUCCAUCAUCAUUUACAAUUUCUUAUGAUAAUGUACGUUUUAUUUGA